AUUCUUUAUCUGUGCUUCCUAGAUAAUAGGGUUGAACACAUGCGUUUGAAUGUACCCUACCAAUUCGUGGUUGUUGUUUAUGGGCGCCCUCUUUGUUUCAAGUAUUUGUGUUUGAUAAGUGUUAAAAUUGGGCAGGAAUGUUAUGUAACAUGCUUCCUUGGUUAAGCAGUGAUAAUUCACACUAGUGAUAUGAUAAUCCGUGAAUGGUUAUCAGAAGUUCUGAAAUGGUGAAAAACUUAUAUGAGAAACCAGUAAGAUUCAAGAAUCAGAAAUAUGAAAAGUUAUACAAACAUUAUCAUACGUUAAAUAUUCUGUACAGUGAUGCCAUCUUUCCUCCAACUCCUUCCAGCAUUGGAAGUACAGAUGUUGAGAAUGUGAAGUGGAGUAGGCCUAAUGAAAUAUGCUCAUCUCCAUGUCUCUAUGCUGGAGUUAACUCUAAAUCUGUGGUUGCAGGACACAUGAGCAGUAACUGGAUUGUAUCUGCUUUGUCAGUACUAGCUGCAGUUGGUGAGCUGUAUCGCAAAGUAAUUCCUGAAUACAGACAACAAGAAUGGGAUUCAGAAAACAACAAUUAUGUUGGCAUUUUCCACUUCAGGUUUUGGAGGUUUGGUCAGUGGGUGGAUGUAGUAAUUGAUGACAUGCUUCCAGUCUGUGAUAAUGAACUGCUCUUUACACAGUCAUCUGCACAAAAUGAAUUUUGGAUUCCACUGGUUGAAAAAGCAUAUGCCAAACUGCAUGGUUCAUAUGAAAAACUUGCAGAUGGCCAUCUUGCAGAUGCUCUAGUGGAUUUCACAGGUGGUGUGAGUGAAACUUUGGAUCUCAGGGCAAAUGAUUACAGUGAACAAGAAGCCAAAUGUUCCAUAUUAUUUGAAAAGCUUGUGGAAGAAAUCAGAGAUCAUUCUGUAAUGUGUUCAGUUAUUACUAUCUCCGGCUCUAGUCAUAUGGGAAAAAGGACUGAAGUGGGAUUAUGCGAAGGUCGUGCUUAUGCCAUAACGUCUGUGAAGAAAGUUAAAAUGUGGGAGACAUCAUUACGAAAACUGUUUCAGGGCCGGGAAACAUUUCCCAUGGUUAGACUUCGAGAUCCUUGUGUUGAUGGCCGCAUUUCCAGUGCUGUAUCCAAAAGCAGCAGUGCUGAGCAGAAUGAUUAUGCAUACUCCACUCCUCAGCUCACUCGCCUUCUUUCCAAAAAUCCAGAGUGGUCCAGAAUCAAAGAUACAGAGAGAGAGAGACUAGGACUUACUUUGGAUCAUGAAGGAGAAUUUUGGAUGCCUCUGGAAGACUUUGUGAGUAACUUCAAUGAGCUUAUCAUCUGCAGACUGUUUAAUACCAACAUAUUCACAGUCUCAAAAACAUGGUGUGAAAUGGUUAUAAAGGGGGAAUGGAGUGUAGGGGCAAAAGGAACCUCACAGGACAGAAGUGGUGGUGGUCCCACAUUUACAUAUACAUAUCUGAGGAACCCACAGUACAUGUUUGAUGUAAAGAAGGAUGAAGAAGAAAUUGUCAUACAGAUGCUGCAGGACUGUCCUGCGGUACCUUUUGAAACGUCUGGACUGCAGCGUCAUCUCAUAGGUUUUAUAGUCAUAAAAGUUGAGGAAAACAGAAAAUACCGGCUUCAUGAGCAGUGGCAUUACCUUCCAACUGUCAUUGCAGUUGACCACAUACGCAGACGCGAACUGUAUUAUCGUGGUUAUUUGUGCAGAGGAAGAUACAUCCUCAUUCCUUCAACAUACAAACCUGGGGAAACUGGAGGUCACAUGGUCCGUAUGUUUUCAGGCUCAGAUAUUAAUUUAAGAGUUCUCAAUCGUGACGAACCUCGCAGGAAUAUCUUUGCUUGCAUCGGACAUAAGUCUGUUUGGGUCACCGUCAUCAACAUCAAGUCUGCAGAAAAUCUGAAAACAAAGACAGGAGGAUGCAAUCCAUAUUGUAUUAUUAGUUGUGAAGGUAAGAAGGCCAGGACAUCAAUUGCGAAGAAUACUACAAAUCCUUUGUGGAAUUCAUCCUUUGUAUUUUACCGGUCUUCAACUUCUAAACCGUUGACAAUUAAGGUUUACAGUCAUCGAGCACUGCUUAGAAACACGUUCCUUGGACAAGUUGGAAUCCCAGCACCAUUGAACCAUGAACCAACACUUCUUCGGGCUGAAUUGUCAUUAGAUGACUCCACAGAAGGGUCCCUAGAGCUAUAUGUACUCACUGAUGAUAACUUCUUAACAGUAUAGUUCAUUGGAAAAUUAAAAUUAAGUAAAUUACAUAAAAGAAAAGGGAAAAAGUAGGAACUUUAUGAAACACACAAAUGUGGAAGACAGCAUGUAGACUUUUUUCGUUUUACAAUUUAGACUGUGUUCUUAUUUAAGAAACCUUUAUUUUCAUACAGGAUAUUUGGUAGCCACACCAUGGCAUGGUCUUUCUUCUAUGCACAGUCACUACAUAAUUUGCUGCAAAUUAUUGCAAUUUAGCAGCGAUAAAAAAGGGAAGUAGUAUUAUAUAUCAUUGUGACAUUCGUGUAUGACACAGUGUACAGUCAAUGAAGAUAUUUAAGAACUAAAGUCUGUCAAACCAUUUCACGCAUGGAAGAAUUCACAGAAAUGUCUCAUGUAUCUAAAUAAAAACUAAAGUGUGUGAACCAAAAUCUGUGCAAAAAAUGUGGAGAAUGUGUUCAGAGCAAUAGUGAACAUUUUCAGCAUCCCCUGUAAUAUAGGUAAUUAAACUUACUUUGUGAUGUUGCUACAGUUCAUCAUCACAGCUGACCAGCUAGAAGUGGGAACAACUAACACAAUGAUCAUGCAUAGUAGAAGGGCCAUGCCCCACUGUAGCCACCAGCUACCCUUACUCUAUAUUUCCAUGGCCACAUAAUUUCUGUAGUUGAAGAGUGCAAUACUGUAUAGACAUCCUUGGUGAAGCAAUUGUUUGUUUUGAGUUGGUAGAGUCAUGUCAAGAUAUGAAUUUGAUGAAGGGCAGGAUGUCAUUAUAGCUCCCAGAAUUGUAUAUAAAUUAAUGCAGUGGUGUUCAGGUUGAUGACAUUAGUUGCAGUUUGAAAGUCAACCCAGCAGAGAUUGCAUUUCUGAUUAUGUGACAGACUGGAAUUGUCUCCCAGAACAAUUUUAAGUGAAGGAAUAAGGCUGCCUAUGCUGUUAUUUGCCUUUAUAUAGCCCAGUGAGUGCACUACAGGAUUCAGAGUACAGGAUCUAACCUUUAGUCAUUAUAAUUUAAAGCUACAUUACUGUUCCUGGUCUUGUGCAAGACAUGCAAACACUUAAGCUUGUUUAUUUUUUAAAUAAUGCAACUGUUUUGCUAUACAUAAACUACUGAUUACAGUUUAA